UAUUUUAGUUUUGUGAAUUUUUGUAAGAAAAUCAGCUAAAUAAAGCACGUUUUAAAGUGCAAUGUUGCCUAUUAAAAUAACAAAAAACACUGCCGCCAAUCGUUCGUGCAGUUUCGAACAUCGUACGAUGCCGUCCCGCUCUAGCGCCCGACUGGCCGGGCGAAACCGCGUCUGAGGGGGCAUUUUCGCCCGAGCGAGCGAACAGACGCACUCAUUUUUUCCCUGUCUUCUCGCGAGGAACAAAUUCUACCCCGUCGUGUGUGCGGCAGCCAUCUUUAUUUUGGAAACGUGAAUAUUUGUCAGCAUUCACGGGCUUAGCACAGGCAAUUUGCGGAUCGUCGGAAGCGUGUUUCGUGUCGGCGAGUGGCAAAUCGAACGGUAAACGGUGCGAAAGUGGUCAGAGGUGGUGUGCCGUGGGACAAUCGCUCGCCUGCGGAAGCACACCCCGCUGCGUGAAAAGCCAAGCGGAACGGAUCGAAAUAGCAAAAAAAAGCAAGCGAAGAAGUGUUCUCGUUGGUGUGCGGUGGUGUGCGUGCGCCUAUUCAUCUCGACGAGCAGAGGGAAACACUGCACAGCACAGCUGCAGGCAGGCAGGCAGGGCAGCAUUAGCAGAGAACGGCAAAGAAGGAAAUGCGCCAAUGUUUGUUUCGCGUGCUGCAUCCAAGUUCGCUAUUUUGAUACGCCACAAGCGGAUGGUUCGUGUGUCGAUCGGAACAAUUCACGGUAUGCGGAGUAGCAUCGGACAGUUGAAAGGAUUCCCCCUGGCUCUCGUUGCGGAGCUUUAAACGUACAACUGGGGAUUCUUCACACAAACACACACAUACGUACGCAUUUACACACAAGCGACGAAACGGAAAGUGUGUUGUGUUGUAGUGUGCGGUGCGGCAUAUCGUUCUAACGCAGUGAAAUAAAGCAGUAGAGGCGCAUUCGGUGAAAAGCUCAACAUUCUUCUCCCCCCGUUUUGUGCAUUCACAACAACCUGCAAGCGGCAGCGGCGGCGCAUCGCUCACGAAUCCUCUCGGGGCACCAUCUAGAACGAAUCCGGAGGAAGCGCGCGACGUGUGUGAGGAUGUUGUCAUCGGGCGCAUCGGAAGAACUAAAAAUAAUUCUUUAAACGCCGGCGGCCCAACCAGGAAUAGAACUUGUGUGUUUUCUUUUUUCCCUUCAUCGCCCGCAUGCUGAAAUAGUGGCGUUUUGUUGGGACAUCAAAGUGAGUGUGUGUGUGUGUUGGAGCAAACCGAAAAGGACGAACCACCACUACACAAGCAGCAAAGGAUCACACGCAUACAAACGCAGCACACACACUCGUCGGUGCACACAAAGGAAAACCUCCGCACGGUCAGCAGCUGUCGUCGCUUGCCUCCCCACCAUCAGGCUCUUCGUCACCCUGCCAGGAGCGCAUUGUGUGCGUGCGUGUGUGCGCGUGUGUGGCAAAAGAAUAAAGGAUUAAAGCCACACCACACCAACCACCGCUUUUGUUUAUUGUGCGCGUGUGUGCGUGCGUACGUGCGAGUUCAUGCCGUUCCGCCGUUGUGUGUGCUAGUGUGUGCGUGCGUGCGUACGAAGGACUCUGUGGUACCUUCGAACAAAAGGGUCCAGCUCGAAGGAGGCGAUAUAGCAAGGCCACUCCGAGGGGGUGCCACGCGGGCGUGUGUGUGUGCGUGUGAAGCUGGAGUGCGGUGCACCGGUUUACGGGCCGGGCUUACGACGGGAAAGUGCAGUGGUACGUCGACCCACUGGAGGAGCUACUGAUGAUGUCCUCCCAUCAUCAUCUGCAUCACUCGCACCAUCAUCAGCACGAUAACAUCAUGUCUGAGGUGGAGGUGCCGGACGCGAACAUCGUGGAGGAGGUGGACGGCAGUGCCGGGUUCGGGGCGGAGAUCGACUACGACCAGUACGGCGGGGUGGACGGCCACUACGAGGAGGUGACGUGCGAGACGGAAGACUCGCAGGGGGGGCUGAUGGGGCACCAUCACCAUCACCAUCACCAUCAUCACCAUCAUCUCGGGCACCCGGGGGACGACGAUGAGGAGAUACUGCAGCACGAGCCGGACAUUGGGCAGGCGGUGCACGAGGAGGUGCUGGAUUCGUCCGGCGAUGCGCUGUGCGUGUACGGUGACAUCAAUCUGGAGAACGAAAUCUACAUCGAGUCGGCGACGACCACGCCGGGCCCGUCGUCCCGCAAGCGCAAAUCGCUCAAGCAGUCGCGCAGCGGCGGCGGUAUGAUGAACCGCAUCCGGGCGAACGAUGGCAACGUGCACCAUCACAGCAGCGGCAGCCACCAUCAUCACGGGCUGACGGCGGUGGAGCAGCUGGACGUGAAUCACAAGCGGCGCCGGUGGGAGCAGAAGCAGGUGCAGAUCAAAACGAUGGAGGGCGAGUUCAGCGUGACGAUGUGGGCGUCCGGCACGGACGACGACGACGGCUCGAACCCGGAGAUCGACCCGGACUACACGGAGUACAUGACGGGCAAGAAGAUCACGCCGGACAGCUGCGACAGCAUGCCGGGCAUCGAUCUGUCCGACCCGAAGCAGCUGAGCGAGUUCACCCGCCCGUCCCACAAAUCGAAAGGCGGCAGUGGGGGCAUCGGCAGUGUCAAGCUGUCCUCCAGCGCAUCCAGCUUGCUGCUGGCGGCGUCCCCGGACGGCCCCGGCAUGAUACUCGGUGGCGACGGUGGCAGCACCGGGGGCGGCGGCGGCGGUGGCGGACGGUCAUCGUCGGACGUGUCCGAUCGCAACAUUGCCUGCCCGCACAAGGGCUGCACGAAGAUGUUCCGGGACAACUCGGCGAUGCGCAAGCACCUGCACACGCACGGGCCGCGGGUGCACGUGUGCGCCGAGUGCGGCAAAUCGUUCGUGGAGAGCUCGAAGCUGAAGCGCCACCAGCUGGUGCACACGGGCGAGAAACCAUUCCAGUGUACGUUCGAGGGCUGCGGCAAGCGGUUCUCGCUCGACUUCAACCUGCGGACGCACGUGCGGAUACACACCGGCGACCGGCCGUACGUCUGCCCGUUCGACGGCUGCAACAAGAAGUUCGCCCAGUCGACCAACCUCAAAUCUCACAUUCUGACGCACGCGAAGGCGAAGCGCAACAGCAGCAGUGGCAGCAGCGGUGGCGGGGGCAGCAGCAGCCGACACCAGAGCGUGGCACAGGCGGCCGCCGCCUCCUCGCCGCAUCAUUCGGGCGCGGGCAACACCAUCCUGCCGCCGCAAGCCUUCGUCAAGAUGGAAUCGGUCGAGAUUGACAACGAUGCGUCGCAGUACAUUCUCUACACGGAUUAAACGCCGGGUGGAAGAGAAGAGUGCACUUGAGCGGAGAAGGAGAGGGAGGUUGUGGUGCACAGUCGCGUUUGUUGAUGCACACGCACGUUUUGCCAUUUAUUGUGUUUGAUAAGCGCUCGGCGCGCGCUAGGACAUGCUAGAGAGAGAGAGAGAAUACAGUCGAAUUUGACCGAGGACACGCGAAAGAGACGGCAAAAGUGGUAACAAAACAAUUGUGAUAGAAGGGUAUUGAGGAUCACAACCAGUAGCCAGUAGCGAAGAAAACAAAUAUCGCCCCAUGAUCGAUCAUUCACUCGAAGAGGAUAACAAGAAAGCGGUUGCAAAAUCCUUAAGCUUUCAAUGCGCAUUGCGUUGCGCACACCAACACACGCACGCAUCAUCAUCCUCUAGUAGGCGCGUGCAUGUAUGCGUUUGAUGCUAGCACGCAGCUACUUUCAGUUUGUGAAAAGGAGCGGGAGAGGGGUUUGGUUCAUUAUCUAUCCUCGGACAGUUUAAGUGCUGUUUUUUUUGUGUGUGUGCAACUAAUUCCCCCUCCGCAGGAGUAUAGAGUACAAGGAAAUAGAGAGAUGUGCAUUUCGUUGUGGUUGGGGGCACUCUUGGGAAAUCCCAGAACUAUUUGCACGCUACGCGGAUGCCUUUGACGGCCGGCAUCUUGGGGCAGGGUAGGCAAAGAGAGCAAGCGAGAGGAGCAAAGCGUGCGAUACAGUCAUUUUUAGUGUGUAAGGAUAAGUCUCUUUCUUUUUUUUUAAGAAUUCCAACUUUCCCUUGUACAUACACAAUCUUUAUUCCUUACCAAACCUACCUACCUAACUACCUACCUCCCGCGCAACCCAUUUGCGGGAUAAAACGGAAAAGAACAAGGCAACAAACUACACUAGGCCGUGUGCGUGCAGUACAGGUACGAGCACAAAUGUCCACAAUAUGCGCACCUUUCGCCUUGUGCGUUGUGCGAGAUUCAUCCUAGAGAUCAAAGUAGCAGUAGGCAGACAGGCAGUUGUUGCCUAGCACUGUUGUCUCCAUCGCGCCAGGCAAAGGGGGGAAGAGAAAAAGCAACCAGAGAAAUAGCAAAACAAAAGAAAGAGAGAGAGAAAGCGAACCCCCCGAUUAUAUUUAGAUGUGCAUGUGUAUAUUUGGGUAAGGUAAAAACUAACAAACAAAAGAAAAACCAUCGAUAAGAAACGAACCGUCGUACGUGCGUGGGGGAGGAAGAGAGCAAAAGCGAGGUGAAAGCAGGCAUUCAUUAAGAAAGAUUUGUUUUAUGUACAAAAAAUAUGAAAGCUAAUGUAUCCACGACACAGAACAGAAUAGUAUGAUGAAGAUGAUGUGUGUACGUACGGUUUAUUAGACGCAAAAAAGGGGAAGACAGAUAGAACAGGGAAACACGAAAGUAUGUACAUAGCAAAACAAACACACAAACAAACAAACAAGCAGCAGAAUCAGCCAUCUAAGCAGAGGAGGUAGAGUCCUCACCGCAUCUUCUUUCCGUGAAAAGUGCGAAUGUGUAUAUUGUUUUUUUUGUUUUCUUUUGGUUUUACUAUUCUUUAGUUAGUGCGCACACACAAAACGGUAUACACACAAACACACCAACAAAUAGGAGUUAAUUUAAAAAAAAAAAGAAA